AUGCUUUAUCUCACCAAUGAUGUGGGAUUGCUUCCCUUUUUCCUUCCUCUUGGUGUGAUUGGAUUCUAUCGAUAUCUAUGGUACCUGAUACGUAUUAUUGCAUGGUUGACUUAUAAGCCACGACGACCGAGAGCUGAACCCACCUAUCGGCCUGAACACGACGUUACGAUUAUUGUGCCCACCAUCGAUGCUGGUGAAGAAUUCAAGAUAGCAGCACGUAGUUGGCUUGCAUGCAAUCCAAAAGAAAUCAUCAUUAUCACCGAGACCAGCAUGAGAGAGCCAUUACAGGAGUUGGCCAACGAAGUGGACCCUGCUAGAAUACGCGUACUCACCGUGCCCAAGGCCAACAAGCGUUUACAAAUGGUAGCCGGUGUCAAUGCAACCAAUACGGAGAUCCUUGUCUUUGCGGAUGAUGAUGCUAUUUGGAAACCCACAAUGCUCGAAUAUAUCCUUGCAUGCUUCGAAGAUUUGAAAAUGGGAGGUGUGGGCACGUCUCAAACGGUUCAUGCUGUCAAUCCAAAUGGACACCAAACGCUAUGGGAGAUCCUUGCUGGUUUCCGAUUGACGAGUCGCAACAUUGAGAUUGCCGCUUCAACGCAUAUUGAUGGUGGCAUUUGUUGUCUCUCAGGACGCACAGCAGCUUAUCGCACACUGAUUCUUAAAGACCCAGCCUUUCAGUACUGCUUUACGAAUGAUUUAUGGCUCGGCAAAUACCCACUCAAUUCUGGCGAUGAUAAGUUUCUUACGCGUUGGAUGUGUUCUCAUGGAUGGAAUACCUAUGCUCAAGUAUGCAAGGAAGCUGAACUCUAUUCGACCUUUAAAAACAAUUGGCGAUUCUUAAAGCAGGUGCUACGAUGGACUCGCAAUACUUGGCGUUCCGAUUUCCGAUCCCUAUUCACAGAACGCUUCAUCUGGACACGCCAUCCUUAUGUGGCCUUCACCAUGGUUGACAAAAUCUUCAACCCAUUGACUUUGCUCGCUGGUCCCAUUCUUGUCGGCGUGUUUUGUUCGCUUCAAGAAAAAAAUGCUGGUCCCUCAAAUCCUCCUUUGCCUGGUUGGAACAUUGCCGUGUCCUAUAUUGUAUGGCUGCUAUUGACGCGAUUCAUCAAGCUCAUCCCACACUUUUUAAAACGGCCUUUAGAUAUCUGGGUAUUGCCUUUUUGGUUGAUUUUCAACUAUUACUUUGCCAUCAUGAAGAUCUACGCUCUUUUCACACUUCACGUAACAGCAUGGGGAACCAGAACAUUUACAAACGGAGAAGGAUUGGGAGCACCUAUGGAAACGGACGAGAAGAACAAUGAUAAUACCUCACACAACAUUACUAUCCAACAACACGACCAUGAUGAGCAACAAGGCAUCCAAAGAGUUGAAAUGAAGGAUAUGAGCCAUUCACAGCUUGCCAAUCAAAUGCAUUAA